UAAAAAAACCAAAACUUCCAUUAAUGGAACUGGAAUCUAAAUAAGUACUUUGAAAGUACAGAAACAACUUCAACUUCAAGAAGUUUUGCUCAGAGCUAGCUCUCUCCUCUGUCUUCAGCUCCAGCAACCAUUUUGUCUUCUUUAAACGGAGCUGUGGUUGAUUCUUCAUGUACGGCUGCAUUACCCUCACUGGGCGUUGUAGGUUCUCUUCUACUUUCAAUGAAGACAUUUGUAAGAAAUGGCAUGUGUUAUAUCCUACUGCUGAUACUUUAACAAAAGUGAAGAAAAAGAAGCUAAUCAAUGCAUCUGGUGGAGCAAUUUGUUGUAGAGAAGCUCUUCCUCUGCAAAAUGUGGCUGAAACACCUCUCCCACGGAGGAUAUAUAACAUGACAAGUAAUGUAGCGGGGUCCUUAUCGAAGAGAACUUCACCAACAGAAAAUAUGCGCAUGGUGUGCUAUGCGUCCGAGUCUAGUAAUAAUGAGCGACAACUAAGAUUGUUGGAGUCAUAUUUUGCCAAACUCAAAAAUGAUGCAAAUCAGACUUCUGCUGAUUCUUCGAACAAGAAGACAGACUUAAAUCAUAGAAGCGGCAAUAUCAAUGCAAAGAAUACACUAGGCUGUCUAGAUUCUUAUCUGGAAAAGCUUAACAAAGAUCCAAACUUCCAAGACAAUGUGUUAUCUACAUCUGAUGACCAAACCACUGAAGGCAAUCAGGUUGGAACACCUUUUUCUAUCAGCAAAAGUUCUGAAAGAGGUGUCAAGGGAGAAUUGAAAGGUUACAAGAAGUUCAAAAGCAGGGAUGGCGUAAAUCGUUUAGUGAGGCCUCAGACUUUACCGCAAAAUGAUAAAAUCUCUGAUCUCUACUUAGUAGGCGCAUUGGCUUCCAUAAAUAUUGCAGUUUUUUUGUUUGAUAUAGCCAGUCCAGUCAGCAACUCUGAAUUUGAGCUCUUUUCUCUUCCAUUAUUGCAUGGCGCAAAGAUUAAUGACUUGAUCCUGGUUGGAGAGUGGUGGAGGCUAGUGACGCCUAUGUUUCUGCACUCGGGGCUUUGUCACAUAGCUCUUGGUUGUUGGGCGCUUCUUACUUUUGGGCCUCAAGUUUGUAAAAACUAUGGUUCAUUUACAUUCUUGUUGAUAUACACACUUGGAGGAUUUUCUGGCAACUUAACAAGCUUUCUUCACACACCAGAACCAACUGUUGGUGGAACCGGACCAGUUUUUGCUAUAAUUGGAGCUUGGCUUAUUUAUCAAAUGCAAAACAAAGAUGUGAUUGAAAAGGAUGUUUCAAAGAGUAUGUUCCAGAAGGCAAUGGUUGCCACAACUCUUAGCUUCAUCAUAAGCAAUUUAGGACCAAUUGAUAACUGGACACACUUUGGAGCUGCUUUUACUGGUAUAAUAUAUGGCUUUCUCACGUGCCCUACGCUACAAGUAGAUGAUGCAUCUUCAAGAACAAAUCAAGAAGAAAGAAUUACACUUGUUAGACAAUACGCGAAUUCCUGUAAAUCACUUGCUGUGUUCACUAUCUUCAUAAUUGUUUUAAGCUCUUUCCUUUUUUUUAUCGAACCUCCUCUUCUUACACUAGCACCUUAGAUGAUUCUAUAAAAUAUUAAUGGAGUAAUACUACUGUUUUAAAGUUGUACCUCAAAAUUUUCUUCUCACACUUUUUUUUUUUUUUUUUAUAUCACCGAAGAUGUUUGAGUUAGAUUGUGCGUACUUCAAAUAAUCCUCUAAGGUUUUAGAACUAUCGACCAAGUAAGAGUCCAAAUAAUCACCUUUAUUAUUGUUUGGAAGAACCUCGAACUCAAAAAUUUAUGGAAUCUCUUUUUACCAUUUUACUAUUAGACCAACUGGUUAUUUUCGUCUCAAACUGACUUGACAUUAUUGUACUGAUGAUGGGAUGAUACCGUAAUGGAUAUCAAUAGUACCACAUCAGUCUACAAAUGGAGAUAUAACUUGGGAAGAGUAUUAUCACUUAAUUAAUAUUAGAUUAAUAGAAUGCAACAUGAAAGUCCUAUACUUAUUUUUAUGUAGCAUGUAGGAUUCCAGCUCACUUGGAAAUGGAGACAAUUGUGUAAUAUGUAUCUGAAUAAGCUCUUUGUACUAGUUGCUGCAUCCUGUCAUUUAUAUUUGCUCCAUACUUCACACUUUCUUUUAUCCCAAGAACUUCAUGAAAUUGAUGUUAAAUUUAUUUGAUUCUGACUGCUUAUAAUUUUUAUUUCUGAGUUUGAAUUCAUUAUUUCAAAUCUCUUUGAUACCUGGUUACUCUUUUUGUACACUCUGGUAGAUAAUUACCUCUCUAGGUUAUGAAAAUCAGUAUGAGAAAUUAUUAGUUAUCUUUUUUCAAAUUUGGUAGAAUCCAUCACUUGUCUUCUUUUGACUAUGAAAUCUAAUGUCAAAUUAACAUGAUUAAUAAGGAAAAACCAGAUAUUUAAUAAAAGAGAAGUGUUAGUAUCAAUCGUGAGUGCGGUAGUAGUUAGAAACUUAGAAUCACCUUGAGGUUAUCUACCACAUUUUUAGAGUAUUCAAUGGGUUUCAAGGGUUAGUUGAGAUACACAUAAACUGACUUAGACACCUCAGUCAUAAAAAAAUAAAAAAUAAAAAAAAUUAAUGAAUUGACUUUAUAUAUUCACGGUACUAAUAAUAUUUUGUCACAUUAUUUUGAAUGAAAACUUUAUAAGUAUAGUGUUAUUUUUUAUGAAAUGUAAGAGAAGAGCUACUUUGUUGACACCUCUUUUAUGAAAUGUAAAAGAAGAGGAGGUAGUGAAUAAUUUUUAAUGCCUCUAAAGGUCUCAGUGAGAUAAAUGUAAGAGGAGGAAGUGAUAAUUUUUAAUACUUCUGGGGUCUUGUUGAUAUUUGUUUAAAUUUGAAGGAGUUGCAGUUAGGAGGGAAAUUGUUAUAGUUCCCAAGUUUCGCUGGGCUAAUAUUUUCAGCCUGCAUCUCAGACUGGACCAGCAACGAUCAGAACUUCGUCUCAAUCUCUAUAAAGCCUUAAAAAUUUCUGUGACUGAAGCCCAUGGUGGAGACAUUAAAGAGACCUGUUUCUAAAUAUCAAAAGACUUCACCGAUUCUUGUCAUCUUAUCUAAUGUCUCAAUCACGUAGAUGCAUGCAUGGAGUCCACGUAUAUCAAUGGAUGACUACAGAAAUCACACACCUGUAUACUUACGCACUCACCUUGAAACCACGUAUAAUCAUCUAUAAAACCCAAUAACACUUUUUUCCUCGUCAUCAACUUCCGUAAUUAAACCUCUUGAAGUAAUGAUUCUAGUGCCCAUAUGAAAAUUUGUCU